UUGGGAAAGUGGCAACCGCGGAUCACUCAACCCACAAAGCCACCAAAACCGACGUUAACCUGAAGUAAACAAAACGGAGCUUAAUUCCAUUCCGUGUCAGUUUACGUGUUCACUUGCGUGUGUGUUGGUGCAGCUAUCAAUUUGGUUUACGUGUUAAUUCUGUUCCACACAUGCAGCUAAAUCAGUGAUUUCACUCGUGUCGACGGCUGCAGCAAAUUAGUUUUUCAUUGAAGUUGAAUCGUCGUCAAUCAGUUAAUGAUAGUGGUUGAUUAAUAUUACUGGUGGAAACUAUUACUAGAUUUGAAAGAAGUUUUGAUUCAAGAAGUGAUAAUAACAUCUAGAUUUGAAAGUGUUUGGAGAAAUUGUAAAAAAUACGGGGAUCAGUCGUUCAGUGUGUGUUCGACAUAAGUGUUGUCUAGUGGAGAGUAACUUGUGGUUUUUGGGGACGUUUUCGGGAAUUUUCGGGGUGUUAUUAGUGUUUGGAGACUGGAUUAGUGCGUGAAAAUUGGUCGGAUUAUGGAUAUGUUGCUCAGAUUGCAGUGAUGGCGGCAGAGCGAAAUGUCGGAAUACAUAGAUCCUCACUUUAUCAGGGCUUUGGCCAAACCGCCCGACAAACGAAAUCUCCAGGACUUGCAGAUCAUCUACUAUGGCCUGCAUGGACUGGAGGCGUUGUCACCCUACCGCGACUCGACGCUGCGAUCUCUCUGCAAGACGGUGCGAUACGAGCGACACGACGCUAACGACGUCCUCUACUACACGGGGGAGCUAUCAACAUGCUGGUAUAUCCUGAUCUCAGGAUCUGUUUUCAUCGAUGGGUCCAUGUUUCUACCAACAUCAAGGUAUGUGAAUUUAGAGCUCUCAACUAGUAAACUGUGUUCGAGUUUCCAUAUUCUGGUAAGAUUCAGCUUUAGAAUAAAAUUGUUUGAAAUCUAUUAUAAAUGCAAUGUUGUACUAAUGUAAUAAUUUGUUGA